UCGGAACAAUGGACGAGGGUAACGUAUCAGGUAGACCUGCUGCCAACCUGAGAUCCUGCUUUCAAGUCUAUAGAGAAAUUCCAGCCAGAGAUGUGAAAACACCUAACUACCACAAACCACAAGAUGCACAGAACCACAAUAACAUUGCCGAAAGUGAUUUACAUUCCCAAUGAUACUUGAGUUAUGUGAUAUAAAAGGAAACAUAUUAUAAGCUGGAGUAAUGGAAAAG